AACAGAUAUUGGAAUAUUUCAAGAGUAAAAGGUAGUUUGUUGUAGACAUUACAAAAAACAGAAUGAAACAAAUGGAAAUAAAGAUGAAUUGGAUAUUCGCAUUGAUAUUAACUCUAGGAGUAACAACGAUUAAUGGAAGAACAGUGAACAGAAAAUUCCCAGCAACAGUUGGCUCUUCCGUUACAAUCCCCUGUAACAAACCUGUAAGUGACGGGAGACUAAUCUGGGGCAAAUCUCCUGGACCAACUAUAGCUAUAGAUGGCGUUUUACAAUCAGGCAUUGACAAAUCUAAAUUUACACUGACUGAAACUAAUGGUUAUCAAACCCUUGGGAUAUCUGGAUUGAGUCUUGAAGACAAUGGAAUAUAUGACUGCCAUCUUUUAGCAGACUCAGACACAGAUGGCACUGAAGUCAUAAUACUGGUGCCCCCAGAACCACUUGUAAACAACCCACCUAUGAGAAUUGUAUAUGAGAACUCUGAUAUAGAGAUGGAAUGUAUUUCUCCCAAUGGGAAACCACUCGCUGACAUAUCCUGGACUUUGACAAAUCGUAGAGGAGAGGUCCAACCUUUGACAGGUGUUGACACGGAUGUUAUACAAGCUAAUGGCCUGGGGACACGUACAAGCAAACUAAAGUAUAAAAUGACAAGGGAAGCAAUUGGUGCCACAUUUAAAUGUAAAGCAGAAAGAAGUGAACUGUUUUACUCUGAAGAGAAAACAUUUAAUACAACCUUAUAUGUGAGACCUCUCAACCCGACCAUAAUAGGCAAUGAAGAGGGCACUUCUGUGAACACAAUGGUUGAAAUAACAUGCUUUGCCUUUGAUGCUAACCCAGCUGCAACUAUUGAUUGGUACAAGGACAAUGUAAAACUAAGUGGAGAAACUACUUUAGCAAAUGCCACAGAACAUGGGACAUUUGAUGCGUACAAUACUCUGUCAUUUGUGGUAGAUUUGUAUGACAACAACACAGUGUACGAAUGUAGGGUCAACCACCCUGUCAUGCAGAUGAAUAGUGAAGCAGAAAAAACUGCUUCAAGAACAAUUCUUGUCAACUAUCCACCAAAUAUCAUUGCAAACAAUGCUACAGUCUCCAUGAUGGAGUUGAACCAGGUGACAGUACCAUGUGUGGUGAAUGGGCAGCCCCCUGCACAUGUUGAGUGGUACCUUGAUGGCAAGCAGAUAAAUACCUCAAGUCCAAGAUACUACAAUAGCUUGCAGGGCAAAGACCCCAUAGUUGCCGAUCUCACCAUUCUCAGUACACAUGGGCGUGACAAAGGAACUUAUGAAUGUAGAGGAUUUAAUAAGCUAGGAUCUGCUACUGCCUUCUCCUCCACUCUAGACAUUUAUCAUCGUCCUUAUUGUCUGAGACAAAAGAGAAAGUAUGCUACUGAGCUAAACAAAGCUGUGGAUAUCUUCUGCCAUGUGGAGAGUAACCCAGCUAUGGUUAUCAUCACAUGGCUGUAUGAUGGUACAUACCUGGAUGUCAAUGCCACUGUUGACAUUCUUGAUGACCAGCAUACUUAUGCUAAACUUACAUACACACCAAGAACUGAAGCAAAUUAUGGUACAUUCCAAUGUAAUGCAACUAAUCCCAUUGACAACAUGGAUGAGCCAUGUUUUAUUGAGAUACUGCCACCAGGUCCAGCAGAUCCUCCUGCUUAUUGCCACACCAGCUAUGCUAGUGGCUAUGAGUUAAUACUAGAAUGUAUGGAAACAUUUGAUGGCGGCUCCACCCCAACAUAUGAGCUCCAGUUUAAAGCAGAGGGCAAGUACAAGACCAUUCAGAGUGACAAUGUUCCUCAGUUUAACAUGACUGGAUUGACUCCUGAGACUAAUUACACAUUUAGGAUCUGUGCCCAUAAUUCUGGGUUUAGGGCAUAUGUGAACUGCACUGGUGAUAUAACAGCAUAUACACUUAACACUAAUGGAACAUUCAUGCCUACAUCCCAGCCUGUGAAAGCGCAAUCAUUCACUGAGACUGAGGCAUUCAUCGCUCUGUGCAUCAUCCUGGGCCUUCUUCUCAUCAUUGUCAUCAUAAUCAUCAUCAUGUGUGUGGUCUGUUGCAAACGUAAGAAAUACACAUCUGGAGAUCUUACCAUUGCAAAUCCACAUCAAGAUGUUGAAAAGAAUGUCGGAGGAUAUGACAAUGAGGCAAUGGAGAUGCAGCAGUCCCAACAAAGCCUAAAUCUUGAUCUCCAACCUGAUGCUGAACCUGCAAAGCUUGGAGCAGAAGUGAACAUUGAUGAGGCAUUAGCUAUAUACCAGCUUCAUGCAUUUAAGGGAGCAUCCUCUAAAGAUGAACCAGAAGAUCCUGGAUAUGGAUCCGUUUCUAAGAAGUCUGACAGUGAUAAAGCUGAGGUUGCCCUUAAUGUGUUGGAUCUUGAGUCGAUUCAACAAACUGAGCAGGAGCUACAGGAGCAUUUAGCGCGUGCUUCAUUGGCUCUUGCUGUGGACCAGGAACAGAAACAACAAGUAGCUGCUAAACAGGAGCUUAAGGAGAAAGUGGAACAAGAGGUUAAGGAAGAACUAUUACAUGCAGCUAUUGCACAUGCAGCUGAGCAGGACCUGAAGGAGCAAGCUGAACGUGCAGCUGAAGAGGAACUGAAGGAGAAAAUGGAGCAAGAAGCCAAGGAAGCAUUGGUACGUGCAGCUAUUGCACACGCAGCUGAGCAGGAACUGAAGGAGCAAGCUGAACGUGCAGCUGAAGAGGAACUUAGGGAGAAAAUGGAGCAAGAAGCCAAGGAAGCAUUGGUACGUGCAGCUAUUGCACACGCAGCUGAGCAGGAACUGAAGGAGCAAGCUGAACGUGCAGCUGAGGAGGAACUUAGGGAGAAAAUGGAGCAAGAAGCCAAGGAAGCAUUGGUACGUGCAGCUAUUGCACACGCAGCUGAGCAGGAACUGAAGGAGCAAGCUGAACGUGCAGCUGAAGAGGAACUUAGGGAGAAAAUGGAGCAAGAAGCCAAGGAAGCAUUGGUACGUGCAGCUAUUGCACACGCAGCUGAGCAGGAACUGAAGGAGCAAGCUGAACGUGCAGCUGAGGAGGAACUUAGGGAGAAAAUGGAGCAAGAAGCCAAGGAAGCAUUGGUACGUGCAGCUAUUGCACAUGCAGCUGAGCAAGAAUUGAUAGAACAGGAGCAAAAGGAGCAGUUAGCUCGGGAAGCUGCUGUGCAAGCAUUGGAAGAUGCCAAUAUGGAACUCCUGAGAAAAAUGGAGGAAAAUCGGCGAAUUGCAGAAAUGAUAGUUCCUGGGGCUGAAGGUGACCCCAAAGAAGAAACCGUAUUAGAUAAAAUGUUAAAGGAAUAUGAAACUGACAUUAAGGAGACAGGUAAUAAGGAAUCUGCAAAUGGGGAAGAUUCACGUAAAUAUAGUGUCAGUGAUAUUGAUGACGUGUUGAAGGAAUUUGAAAUUAAAGACAUUGACAUUGAAGGCAAACCAGCUGGCAAGAAAUAA